UCUGCUCGAGCAGGAGCGGAACUAUUUUACGGGGAAUCGCUUUCCAUCCGGACGCGAUUUCUCCAUGCUCCGUCUCUAUGUAUUCUGUGCUCUAACUAAAUCGCCUCUGCCGGCUGGUGUUGGAGCCUGUCACUGUGUAGCUAUGAGCGCUGAAGCAAUGUUGAAGACCUUGCUCUACACCAUCAAUUCCUUGUUGCAGGAGCAGAAAUACAGGGCUGCACUGGCCGUCGUCAAGGGCUUCCGUAACGGAGCUGUGUAUGGAGCAAAAAUUCGUGCCCCCCAUGCUUUGGUGAUGACUUUUCUGUUCAAGAGUGGAAGCUUAAGGGAGAAGUUGAAAGCAAUUGCCCAGGCAACGUACACACAUUCUAGAAACCUGGCAUAUUUUGUAUUUACAUACAAGGGACUCAGAGCCCUACAGUCCCGAAUACAGGGAAAGAAGAUCCCAUUCCACUCUUUCCUUGCAGCCUGUAUCGGGGGCUGGUUAGUGUUUGGGGAAAAUAAUAAUAUCAACAGUCAGAUAAACAUGUACCUGUUGUCUCGUAUCCUGUUUGGCCUGUCCCGACUUGCAGUGGAGAAAGGUUACAUCCCACAGCCAAAACAAGAUCCCUUUCCACUUUUUGCUGCCUUGGUCUGGGGCAUUGUUCUGUGGCUCUUUGAGUAUCACCGCCACACUCUACAGCCCUCUCUGCAGUCCUCCAUGACCUACCUAUAUGAUGACAGUAAUGUUUGGCAUGAUGUUUCUGACUUUCUCAUAUAUAACAAAAGAUCUGCUAGCAAGUAGUCUUUGUAAUGUGGCACAUUCCAGCAGCACUGCUUAAUUUUUUUUCCUGAACACACUUGACUAAAAAUUUGUAGUCGUUAA